GGGGAGUUGCAGCUCUAAAGACCACCCUGGCGCCGACAAGAGGGGAGGAGCCAGCUGCAGUCCCCUGCUUUUCGCUGCUUUACCUUCCCAGCUACAGCUCUGCAGCAGAGAUGAGGGAGGCGCUUGUUUUGGCCGCCUAUGGCCAUCCAACGGCUAGGCGCCACUAG